AUGUCAUCCCGCCAAAUCGUUCUGUGCUUUGAUGGCACAGGCAACACAUUUACCACUGAUGGUACCGAGACCAAUGUUUUGAAAAUCUGCCGCAUGCUUGAACGAACUGAUGAACAAUUAUGCUAUUACCAACCGGGAAUUGGAACCGAUAUCACUCCAGGCUCUCUGGCCAGCACGACCAUUCAAAAGCACAGCAGGCUGAGCAACAGCAAAGCACUCAACCUGGCGUUGGGCAAAUCCUUUGAUCGCCAUGUUCUAGGCGGAUACCGCUUCCUAAUGCGACACUACCGCGAAGGAACUAAAAUCUUCAUCUUCGGAUUCUCACGCGGUGCAUAUACCGCACGAUUCCUCAACGAGAUGCUCGAUUUCGUCGGUUUGCUGGGUCCCGACAACGAGGAAGUAAUCCCCUUCAUCUGGGACGCCUUUGCGUCAUGGAAAUUGGGCCGAACCAACAACAAGCAAGAAGCGAAGAAAAAGGCCUACCAGGUCUUGAAAUCCAGUCGUGAGGUCCUGUCCCGACCAGUGCCCAGGGUCCAUUUCCUAGGAAUGUUCGACGCAGUUAACAGCAUCGCCGAUUUUGAAGUAAAUGUCGAUGCAAUGCCCGCAACAAAAGUGAUCCGGCAUGCCGUCAGUAUCGACGAACGAAGGAUCAAAUUCCGACCAGUGCUGCUGGGGAUUCAGCAACCGGAGCAGUCUAAAAAUUCCCACCCUCGCAAAUCAAGUGGAGAGAAACCCCUAACAAAUUCUGAUGACGAUGCCGAAACUGCCUCCGGGCCACCUGUCUUGCCUGAAAUUCCGAACGUGAGCACACACAGCCGCAACGCGGACCUUGGAACGAACGACGAAGAUCAGGUAGACGUGGAGGAGAUGUGGUUCCCAGGCGGUCAUGCCGACAUUGGCGGUGGCUGGGAUCUCGAAGCCGGCGAGGCAUGGCCGUUAAGUCAUGCACCUCUCGUGUGGAUGGUGCGUGAGGCGCAAAAUGCCGGACUUCGACUUGAUGCUUCAAAGAUGAAGGCGCUGGAAUGCAUCGAGGAACAUGAUGGUGACUAUACCUCCAUCGAAGAGGGUGGGAAGGAUCAAGCUUCGGAAGCUGCGGAUGAGAUGUCUUGUUCUCACAAAGAUUUUGUAAAUGCGCUCCAGAUUGGUGGUAUGAAAGGGCGUAUUCAUGAUCUUCUCAAUUAUGGAAGUGGACUUCCCAUGGCUUCUGUUCUUUCUUGGCAGUUUAUGGAGUACCUGCCUUUGCGAAGAAUGGAAGUCCAAGCUGAUGGACAGUGGAAGGCUGUGCGCUGGCCGCCGCCUCGGGGUCAGGCUCGUGAUAUUCCCACCGACGCGCGCAUUCAUGUUUCCGCUAUUCAGCGGAUGAGGUCUGACGCAUCUUAUCGGCCUGCCGGUUUGAUAUUUGGCUCAUCGGAAGCUGAUACAAAUGGCUCUGGCAUUGGAGACUGGACUGUGCAUUCUCAUGAAGGUGACCCAGUGCGAGAGCGAUAUGUGCGCGAUCUCUCCCGGUGA